GCAUAGGAACCUCAACCUUCUAAAUCUCAUGGACCCUGUAAAUGGAUUUCGUGUGAUGAUAAUUGAUCAUGAUGAAGAUAAUGCGAACCAUACGAGGGACAUGCUCCAUCAACUCAACUUUCAUGUUGAAGUUUUUACAAAUCCAAGAGAGGCACUAGAUUUUCUUAAUGAUCAUGCACAAGAUAUUGAUUUCCUAUUAGUAGCAGUGGAGAUGGAAGAAAUACCAGGUUUUGAAUUCCUUGAGAGGGCCACAGAGAUGUAUGAAAACAUCCAAGUGAUUAGCCCUAGAGCUAACACACAUGACGAACAAAGCAAUGCCAGAAACUCUUCUACUGAAAAAGAGUACAUUGAUAAUGAUAUUUCUGAAGUCCAAAGCUCCACUGGAAGCAACUCAAUAGACAUGGGCCUUGUUGACUAUCCAGACUCUGAAGAUGGUGAAACCGUGGAUAAAGAUCCUAAGGGAGACCAAGACACUGAAGUUGGCACAUCUCCUAAGGGAGACCAAGACUCUGAAGUUGGCACAUCUCCCAGCAACUGAAGCUACACCUAGAUUUGCACUAUGGAAGAGCAUCAAUUUGUAUGUAGUAGGAUCAAUCAUUACUAUGAUCCAAUAUAAGACUAAAUAAUCAAUACCAACCAAAGAUAUGCUAAGGGCAAUACUUGUAUCUUUAUGUGAAACAAGAUACCAUGU